CACUCACCUUUUUACCAAGAUUAAUGGGUUGAUUUGUACAGCAAGACCCAUCAUAUUGUAGGCAUUCAGCCGGUACGCAGUUUGAGCCUGUGUUGGAUCACAGACAGGCUAUGUCACCUUUGUGAAUUGUUGGCUAUCUUGCGACCCCUUGUCCCCUUCAAUGAGAUAGAAGCACGUUUGUGUGAGCGGAGGACCUAAUAGGCGCACGUGCGUAGUGGUCCAUAUGCACGAUACGCAUCGCACGCGAUUUCGCCGCGGCGAAUGAGAGAAGCCAAUCGGGUGUUUGGGCAGUCUCUCGCUCAUAGUGUUGAGCGAGCUAUAUAACAAGCCUUGAACUGUAGUAGUACUUGUCGUCGCACGCGGAUGUCGCAGUCGACAAUGCAACAUCCAUCGGGCCACGGCAUGCGAGGCUACUCCCGGGACAUGCCCUAUUUCACCGCUAUGUUCGUGAUCUGCAUAUACGCAGCGGCUGCCCUUGCCGCUCCCACCGGAUCUCGUCAGAUUACGCUUGACGAUCCGCUCAACCCUUACCCCACAAAGCCGCGCAUCACCUUCCGGGGUGAUGGUACAUUCAAGAUCACUGUCUUCGCUGAUCUUCACUAUGGCGAGAACCCGUGGGAUGCAUGGGGCCCUGAGCAAGACGUCAACAGUACUAUCCUGAUGAAACUGGUGCUUGCAGAGGAACAGCCGGAUUACGUAGUCCUCAAUGGCGAUCUCAUCACGGGAGAGAACACAUUCAAGCAGAAUUCCACCCGCCUCAUUGACGAGAUAGUUGCACCACUGAACGAAGUCAGAAUACCGUUCUCUUCCACGCACGGCAAUCAUGAUAACGAACCAAACAUCACGCACCUCGAAGAAAUUCGGCGUGAGCAACUAGUUGCACCGCUCAGCUACACGCGUACGGCACCGCCUGGUAUAGGUGGCGAAGAAGGUCCCGGGACGUACUGGGUGCCUGUCUAUGAACAUGAGACAGACGUCGUGCCUGCGUUGAUUCUUUGGUUCUUCGAUUCACGGGGUGGUUACAGCCCAGGAAAGAAUUCGACCCCGGUACCCGACUGGGUCGACGAGAGUGUAGCAGGGUGGAUCGAACAGCAAACCACCCUAAUGGACGCUGCCUGGGGUCCAGCGGAUACGACCCGAGGCGCCUUGGCCUUCGUACACAUACCACCUCACGCGAUCCAAGCCAUGCAGCCUGGGUUGAACAGUACCAGAGAUCCCGGCUUGAAUGCGGAUUUACUGGGUCAAGGAUCGACUCAGGCGACGACGGACCCAUCCAACAUCGGGAAAGACCAGCCCUUUUAUGAUGCACUCACCAAGUACGUCAAGAACCUCCACGCUGUCGUUUCCGGGCACGAUCACGGCGACGAAUGGUGCGUGCGCGAGCCUACCAAGAACAUCAUCUUCUGUUUCAGUAAGCACUCUGGAUACGGUGGGUACAGUGACGCAGGCUGGGGCCACGGCAUCCGCAAUAUUGUCUUCUCGUCGCCGAGUCCAACAGAUGGCCUUGAAUCGUGGAUCCGGAUGGAAGAUGGCGAGACGCACGCCAGGGUCAUUCUUGAUGCUGACUAUAAUUAAGUGCAUGCAAUCGGCUUGCGAUGAGCAGAACCCCUCCUAUUACGAUGUUCUCUCGUUCGAGUCUAGCGGGUAGAAGGAAGAAAUCGCGAGCUGAUUUAUGGUAGCUGUACCUUUACGUAUGGUCACCCCAGUGUCAGCGGGGCGAUUGAAUGUACAACCAGUUUCUCAAUGUCACUCUCGUCAUCCAGCUGCG